UGUCUGGUCGCAAAUCAGAAAGAUAAUCAGCCUCUACGACGACAAUGUCGUCUCAAUCGACUAUCGGCUCCGCAUUGUCUAGUUUCCGAUGCGUAUAUCCAGGGUGCCGCUCGAGUUACCAGCGCCGAGAACAUUUGAACCGGCAUUUAACGCGCCAUAACCAAGACCAGCGCUUUUGCUGUCCUCAUUGCACGAGUACCUUAGCCAGAAGCGAUCUCUUACGCCGCCAUGUCCGAAAUUACCAUCCCGACAGGCGGCCUCCCCCAUCCCGGACGCAAAAGGCAUGCAGCAACUGCCAUGUCCGAAAGGAACGUUGUGACGGUGGAAGUCCAUGCGGUCGCUGUGAGCGAAGGGGAGUCGCCUGCUCACGCCUUAGCCCUGAGAUUCCUCAGGAAGACCGAAAUACCCCAGAGACCCACGAGCUUCUCACCACCGAUCUCGUUGCUUCGAUGUCUAACGCGUCCCGGUGGGUUGGCCAGGACUUCAUCGAUAUCUACUUCAAUGACUUCCAUCCUGUCUGGCCGUUCCUGCAUCGAGGGACGUUCAAUCUCCCCAAAGAGCCCUGUAUCCUGCUCCAAUCCAUGUUGAUGAUUGGGUUGUGGAUCAAAGGAGACCGCGAGGCGCGGAACACGGCGAUGAAUCUUCAUCAGAGACUACUCUCCGCGAUUCAAGUCCAGAAGGAUCAAUGGUAUGUAGCAGAAUCGACGCAACCACGCAACAACAACAACAAACCAUGGCCCAUGGCUACAUACCAGAGCAUCCUGCUGCAACUGAUAUUCGCUCUGCUUGCAGCGAAGCAAGAGACAAUGUUUGAUUUGAACCUUCGUUGUCCACUCUCCUCAUCCGCAUACGAGCUUCUCACCUCCCUCGUGGCGACCUGCCGCAGACUGGGUCUGUUCUCUUAUCCAAAUAUGCUCGCUCAGCAUGACCCUACAGCGCCGGUCGCGCUAGUCUGGGUGAGUGUGGAAGAGACCAAACGUUUUGGCUUGGCCUUGUACAAAUUAUGUCGGGCGUGUAGCCAGACGAGCACAGACAGGACAGGGUCGACAAGUGGGCUCUUAACACUCGCGGACUUGGACUUUUGUAUACCUGAUAGCGAUGAGAGGUGGAAUGCUUCAUCGGAUGUCGCAGCGGAGGGUGGGCGAUUAAUGGGGUUGCAGCAGGCCUGCCGGGAUAAUCGCAGCCCCAGUAGCUGGAUCUCACAUGCGUCUGUUCAUCUGCAUGAUGCUCGUGUUAAUCUGGACUGGAUAUGAUUUUCAAUGAUGGACACCGACUCUUGAUCUUGAGACCAAGGGCGUUGGGAUAAAAACCAGUAGUCAGCCA